UAUGGUUCAUAACAUACAUUUAAUCUCAUACAACGGUUUGUCAUUGGCUUAUCGUUCAAUUCAUCUGUAUAAAUUGUUCACUCCCCCAAGUCAUAUCUCUAACAAUAAUAGGACAAUUGCAGAAUGAUAUCCCACAUGUUCAAAUUGUAUAUUGCCGUAGUGAUUUUAUUCACAUUAAGCAUAAUGAGAAUUGAAUCAGCCACAUUUGCAGUACCAAUUGAGUUUGACGAGACAGGACAAAUGUAUGUUAACGUGGACGGAAUGGAUAUUUCACUCGACUCUAAUGAUAUAUUGAAAAUGAAGAACAGACAUUGUACUACAACAAUUUCGUUAGCAUCACCAAGUGAAGUAGAAAUAGCAAAUCGAAAUGGACAUCGUGAAGGUACUUACCUAUGUAUGCCAGUGCAAUCAUCGCAAUCUCAGGAAGCAAUUAAUGAAGACGGAAUAACUACAACACGAAUUUAGAAAUCAUUUAUUGCAUACUGUAAGAUCCAUUUUGAAUGCUUU